AUGUUACAAGUCAUAGUGCCGAAGGCUGGUGAUCAGCUGAGAGAGUUACCAAUGCUGCUAUUACUAUUAUUGUUGUUGUUGUUGCCACUGCUUACUACCCAGCUGGCUGAUUAUAAAGUGCCGCCGUGUCACAUAGAAAAGGUUGCUGCUCCUUCUACUCUUGUCAGUGAUAGUUGCAGUAGCGGGAGGAAGACAGGGGGGAUGGUAAAGAGUGUGGCGGGGGGGAAGGGAACGGGUAAGCUUGGAGAUGAAGGUGACUCUGCUGCAGUUCAUCCAGAUAUCGCUUCAGCUGAUGGUAGUAGGCAGUGGUGGUGGCGGUUGUGGCGGUAG